AUGGAUCGUAGCGGGGACAGCGAUGACGACGAUCUGCGCUCGUCCGCCGGGUUCUCAUCGACGUCCGGAGACGAAAGCGAAGAGGAGAAGCUUCAGGCUUCGAUGUCGUCGCCCUGUUCGGCCUACCGCCUCACCUUCGGCGCAGCGGGUUUGCGCAAGAGGAAAGGCGAUCGCCUCGCCUCUCUGUACCAUCACCCCGAUGUAUGUCUGGCGCUCUACCUCGGCAAUCGCCCGUUGUGGAAGACCGAGGUGAUUAAACAGGCCACAGAGCCGGUGUGGGAAGCGUUCGUGCUACACCGUGAGAGGAUCGGCGCGGGCGACAUCUCCAACACCGUCCUUCGCGUCGAGGUGUGGGACUGGCGAGACGGAGAGGUGCAUCUCGUGGGCCAGGCGUCCGUGCCAUUCGAAACGCUCAUCACCCCCGGCUUCGAAGCUCCGCUCAUCAACCCCAAGAAGAAGAAUUCGUUUUCGCUGCGGGGCAAGUACAAGGAUUCGGGCAAGGUGCAGCUCAUGUCGGUCACGGAGGAGCGGGACCUGCGAUGGAGCGGGGAGCCGCCGCGCGGCUACGAGAUGGUCAUCCGCGGAGACAAGCUCGACGCCAAGGACAUCUCCAAAGUCAGCUCCUCCCACUCGUUCCUCCUCUUCAAGACCGCCCAGUCGCUCACCUACACUGGGCGGGGCGUGUAUAAGGGGGUCGUGCAUCGGACCGAGGUGGUCAAAGGAACCGUGCAGCCCCGAUGGAAGCCCAUUCUCCUCGAACUCGAUCACGUGCGCCUACUCGCCCUGGCCCGCGAGCGCACAAGCGAGGCUGACGUCGCUGGUGUGGGGGCGCUGGGCAAGUACUACUACGGCUGGCGGCGGCAGCAAAUCCUGCAUCCCUCGCGCGAGGUGGAGCAGCAGCAGCCCUGGCUCGACGAGUACAUCGUCAUCGAGUGCUGGAACUGGCAGGCGAACGGGCGGCAUGAGCUGAUCGGGGUGAGUUCCGUGCUGUGCAUGCGGGACUUCCUCACCUGCACGCGCUACCAGUUCACCCUCAUCAACAAGGAGAAGAAGGAGCGGUGCGUACCGGCUCCCACAUGCGUAGGUGUAGCUAUGUACGCGUUCGCUCAUAUAUACGCGGAGGCGUCGUCGACCAGGGAGGUGCCCGUGCUGAGCGACUUUGCGAAGGAGUUCACGGGCAUGAGCGUGCGCGUACCCUACCGCCACUCGGGCAUCCUCUACGUGGAGGCCAUCGAGACGAUUCCGGAGGAUUUGGACGAGCCGCAGCUCAUCCCGGAGGCCUUCAUCUUGGACAUGUCGGCCUCCAAGCUCGACAAUCGGGGCCUCGCCAAGGCCAUCAGCGCCGCUCCCAACCCAUUCCUGCGCAUUCGCACGGGCGCAUGGGGCGGCAAUCGGGUGAUCUUCCAGACGGAGCACGACAUCAAGACCGAGGAGCCCCACUGGAAGCCCUUCGCCCUCACCGUGGCUGACUGCGGAGGCAUCCGACAGAACAUCGUCAUCGAAUGCCGCAAUUACGCCGCCUCCGGUGAGGACGAGUUGAUCGGCCAAUUCGAGGCCUCGCUCGUCGAGUUGACAUCGGAGAAGCUCGACACCUACUUCUUUGUCAACCCGUCCAAAAUUGACUGGUUUGCCCACCACCACCGCCACCACCACCACCACAGGAGGAUCGGGUACCGUCAUUCGGGCAAGCUUAAGGUGUGCUAUUUCCGCCCCAUAUCGGCGCAGGAGGCCCUGGAGUUCAUCGAGGGCUACCACGUCACCCUGGCGCCCCUCCUGCUCGCGCCCCCUCCACUCUUCCCCCACGCCAGGAUGCCCCACGGGUGCUUCGUGAAGGUGUGGAAUGUGGAGGAGGGCGUGCUGGCCGCCCAGACGGAAGUUAUCCUGCCGGAGACUGUGCGGCAGGACCGAUGGCGGCCGAUGGUGCUAGACAUCGGCAAAGUGCCGUCCAUCGACACGCCCCUCGACUUUGAUAUUUGGUGGAAGAACAACGAAGACGAGGAGAUGGACCUCCUGCUGGGCACAUUCCGGGCCACCCUGCGGCGCUUCGCCAACUACCAGAAGUCGCCCCAGUUCCCCAUCGGGCGCCCGGUCGAUGCGCAGCAGCACCAGCUCUCCUCGGCCGUGGUGGGUCUGCCUAUGGCCCGCGGCAGCGAGCACAGCGUCUCCAUCCACCGCAGCGGCGAGGGCAACUACGAGGAGGUCCACAUCCACGCCUCUGGCGCGGAUACGACGGCCAAGUCCAAGCCCAGGACUGGCGGCAAGUCCCAGGGCGGCAAGGGCGAGUACGAGGACAUCGUCAACGGCAAGGGCAAGGAGAAGGAAGUCGAUAACGACGACGAUGACACCAACAACAGCCCAAAGGGGAGCGCGAAGAAGGGGAAGAGAGGACGCAAGAGCAACAAGCAGUCGCGGCAGCAGGGAGGAGGACCCCAGAGCGAGGGGUCGGACCCGCUGAGCCGUCUGCGACGGAAGACGGAGGACGUGCUGGGCAGCGGCAACGGCAGUCGCGGCACGCGCACGUCGCCCGGCACCAAGAAGCCCGCCUCGGCCGAGCGACGCUCGUCCCUCGGCUACCUCGCCGUCAAGGAGGCACGCGACUUCCUCUCUUUUUGGGUGGUGGGUGUGUCAGAGGUGGAUCUGACGCCGCUGAGGAAGAAGAAGAACAAGCAGGCCAAGGGCGAGAGCGGUGGAGGUGAGCGCGUGCUGAGCUACGCCAAGACGAUCACGCACAACCUGCUCCCGCUCAUGAAGACCCGAGGCGAGCGCUCGGGGCUCGACGACAGCUCCGCCGUGGCGACCGAGAGCGAGUACCCCACCGACACCGGCGCCUCGUCGUCGUCCGUCACCCCUGACCGCACCAAGGGCGGGGCCAUGAAACCCGCGUGGAGCUUAUCCAGCAUGAUCCCCAAGAGCAACUCCAAGGACCUGCGCCACCAAGUCGGCUCCAAGCGACGGCGAAAGCACGAACAGGCAAUCCACGACACCAACUACAUCGAUCUAGUCGAGCCCAGCCCGGUCCUCCCCAAGGAGGACCAACCGGCGGGCGAAGAGACGGAAACGGAGGAGACGGAGACGGAGAGUGAGGAGGAGAGGGAAGAGGAGGAGGAGCGGAGCGCGGAGAGCAGUGAGUCGCGGUCACGCCACACGACGUCGCCCGAGGGGACGGACGGGAGCGACAACUACGCCGACGCGUCGGCGAUGGAAGACGACCGCGAUGGCGCUGGCGAUGUGAAUAGCAAGGCGGCGAGGGAAGGAGGCGGAGGAGACGACGUGAAGCGAAAUAAGAAGGCAACAGCGAAGGAGAAACGAGACAUCAAGGAAAGGAAGGAGGAGAAGGCGCUGGACAAGAAGAAGAAGAAGAAGGGAGGCCCGGUCUACGCCGUCCUCUCCUGA